CAGUCCGGCGACGGAUUACCAGUUACCUUAUCCACAACUGAAGUGGAUAAGAUUUACGAGGAGGUUGUCCCUAAGAAAAAGGGACGUACGUUGGGGAUCGGUUCCGUCAAUGAUGUCCCGAGAGCGACAUCAUCUUAUGCUCAGAGACAGACCGAAGAAGUCACUCAGUUGCGUUCCGAGCUGGGCGCAACCAAAAGCCGUAUGAGUGGACUCGAAGCCUUCAUCGACGUUAUAGCGUCCACAAAUCCGGAAUGGGAAGCUUUGUUGAGGAACAUGAAACAACAAAAUCCCAUUCCAGGCGAGUCAUCGGGCACACAUAACGAGGAGGAUGUUACGAGGAGGAGCGAGGAAUUCUACGAGGCGAUGAACGAGCCUUAGUUUUUUUAGUUUUUUUUUUCGGUUUAUGUAUUAUAAAAUCCAAAACUUAAUUAUAUAUAAAAUAUUUUGUUGCUUCUG